AUGGUCUCGGCCUUUGCCGGAGCAGAUGACCGCGCAAAAUUCUGCAUUCUGGGCUGUCAGUGGCGUGGCAAUGUCAUUCUCUCCCUCAGCAUCUGCCUGGUUACGCUGUCCGUUCGUGAAAUAAAGGUGCGAGGUGAGCUUCGAUGGCAAAGGAAGCAUGAGGUGUGGUAUCCGAAGGGCUUCACUGGGCGCUGGCUUUGCGUGGCAGCGGGCGGUGACUGCCUGAUGGACUAUGCAAACGGUCCGUGCGACUCUGAGAGGGAGUUGCCUCUGAGCAGCAUUUGCUCCUUGGCGACGGCCAUGCAACAGUUCAUUGGUACUACUGGGGAACAAGGCUCUGACGUGCAGACCCACUCAGUUGCUUUUAACACCCUUCUGCUAGCUGCUUGCACUGGCUCCACAUUUUCUGUGGUGGCUGUCGUGGCCUUGCCUGAGGACACGCCUUCUGACCUUUCCACCGCAGAGCUCCGUUUUAAAGCGAUGGAGAUCCAUGCAGCACUGCGGUCCGGCGAACUCGGUACGCAGCUGCAGCUGCUGGCGGGGGCAGCUGGGCAGGAGCGGGAAGACAAGGCUGCCAAUUACACGCCGUCCUCCUGCCUGCUGGAAGCAGAGGGCAAAGGAGGUGACACGCCACUCCCGCCAGAAGCUGCGAGUGCGGCGCGCGAGGUUUUCGCAACCGCGCUCAGUCAGCGUGCCUCCGCACUUCUAGUGGCCAUGCUGGACGAGCUUCCAGAGGGCGACAGGCGAGAAGUGCGGAAGCUUUGUCUCUUCGAUGUGCGCCUGGAGAUCCUGUGCACCGUGCCAGUUGAACCACCAGGGACAUUGCAAGAUAUGGCCCUCCUCCUGCAGGCAGGGGAGGCUGUUUCACUGAGCCAGGAGAGGUUGACCUCUAUCUGGGUUUGGAAUUCAGCAAGCGGCGAUGCUUCAGAAAUCGCUGUGCUUUGUGCUCAAGCCUGGCCUUUCUUUGUCGGGGCUAUGUUGGAGACGCGCCCAUGUGGCCGACCAUCUGGCGAGUCUGGCAAAGGGAUGGUGUGCCGCGCCUCCAGCGACGUCCUUGGGCAUCUGCCCACCUUCAAAAGUCGUAUGGAAGCAGUGGCCGCCCAGUUGUGCACCCUGCUCGGCCUACAUUCACCGGCGAAGCCGCAAGAAUGA